GCCUAUACAUAUUGUUUUGUCAGAUUAAACCAGAUAUAAUUGUAAAGUAAGUAGAUUGUCCACCACGAAUGGAGCUAGUUGAGAUAAAAACGGAGAUUCCUUCCGUCGCAGCUAAAAUUGACCAUACAGGUGAAAUAUCAUGCAUAAACUUUGCAGAUCAAAUCAGCGGUGAGACUAAUGGAGAUCAGCUGAAAUUUGUCGUCGGUAGUAACCCAAUGAUGAGAAUAACACAAAAGACAAGGAUAUACCUUGAGGAUAAUUUUGACAGGAUUAUUUUGUUGGGAAAAGUUUUGUUAUUUCUGGGAUAUUUUGUGUAUUUCGGGUUCGCAUUAUCUUAUCAUAUAGGAGAUGAAGGCUCCUGGAGGCUUAUCGGAUGUACGAUUUUAGGGGUGUGGAUAACAUUCUGGAGUUUGCUGAAGAAGACACGGUGUUACUCUGGUUGGUCUUCUUUUGUUGACAAGGUAUAUGAUGAAUAUGCGAAGGGCAAGCGCAGUUUGAUAGUAAGAUGGUGUUUAUACGUGGCCAUGACUGCGUUCAUGGUUGUUUAUGUGAUUUUGUUUGUGGCAAGGAAAACACCGGAAAAUCUGCGAUCCUUAGUAGGGCUGUUCGGAUUCCCAUUUUUACUGUUCCUGUAUUCAAACAACAAACGUAAGAUAAACUGGCACACUAUUUACUGGGCGAUGGCACUGCAGUUUAGCAUGGCCUUGUUGAUAUUGAAAACAAGUUGGGGAGCAUCCAUUAUACGUUGGUGUGGUGCCAGACUCGAGGCUUUCAUUAGUAACGGAGAGGCUGGAAGUAUUUUCAUCUUUGGGGAAAAAUAUAAGGACCAUCCUUUCGCGUUUGGUUCUAUGGUCCAGGUUUUUGUUCUGAUUAUCGGUAUGUCUGUAUUGACUUACCUGGGGGUCAUCAAGUUCGUCGUUGAAACUGUAGGACGGGCUCUGGCAUUCUGUAUUGGAACAAGCCCGUCUGAGGGAAUCAACGCUGUUGGAAAUAUGUUUCUGCAUGUGCCAGAGUCAGUAAUGUUAAUACAAGAGUACCUGCCGGAAAUGACGCCAUCACAGCUGUUUGUGACCUAUGCUGGUGGCAUGGCAACGGUCGGAGGCGUGUCUUUAGUAAUCUUUAUGUCUUCAGGGGUGCCGGCGGCUCCAUUGGUUGCAGCAUCAGCCAUGUCGGCGCCGGCAGCUUUAGCCGUAGCUAAAUUGUGUUUCCCUUCCCACGAUGAAGAAGACACUCCAAUACCAAUUAAUGACGGUAAAAGUCUAGCGGAGAAAAUCUCUUUCCUUAGACAUCCAAAGUCAUUAAUGGACUCAAUCAUUCUCGGAAUACGUCAGAGCAUUUCACUUGUUGUCCAAGGAGUUGCUUACGUCAUGACCUUCGUCAUAAUUCUAGAAUUUGUGAACAACACAUUGAUAUGGUUUGGUGACAGGAUUGGUGUAGAAAAUAUGACUAUAGAGUUCCUGUUUUCCUACGUGUUCUAUCCGUUUGCAUUCAUGAUGGGAGCAAAAUCUGAAGAUUGUUUAUUUAUCGGAGAGCUUCUUGGAAUACGCACCUUCAGCCUAGCUAUUGUAGCAUAUCCUAAAUUAGGUCCUAUAAUGAAGAAUGGCGUUGCAUAUCGAGACUACAUUGGCAACAGUGUGAACAAUACAUGGACUGCAGUUGGCAACGAUAUCUUUUUGGACAACCUGAAUCACACAUUAGUUGGUGGGGUGAUUGAUCCAAGAUCGGAAAUAAUCGCUACAUACUCCUUGUGUGGAUCAGCCUCGUUUGCAAUCAUGGGUUUAAUCAUCGGAUCUUUCGAAGUGAUCGUUCCACACAGAAUAGGGGAGAUAACUGAAAACAUUUUUAGAGCAAUGAUCGCUGGGACGGUAGCGAGUUAUCUUACAGCAUGCUUUGCAGGUAACAUUUGUAAGCUUACAGUUGUCCGUAUACUCUUUCACCUAUUUUGAAUAAAAUAGGGUCAAGUAUUUAAUAGGGCAGCCAAGACUAUAGUAUUCUAGAAAAAGGUCAUUUUCAUCAUCAUACGAAAAGGGUGUUAAGCCUGUUAAAUGUGCCAAAAGUUCUUGUCAGUACUAUUUUAUAUUUUGGUUGAUUAAACGUCGCAAAAACACAAUUACAUAUAGCGAAUUUCCAGCUUUUGAUGAUGGAGAAAGACCACAGUUACCUUCUUGGGUGUUAUAGUAUAUAUAGGCACUCACCUGGUUAAAUACGCCGACCUUCCGUUAGCCAGCUUCAUGGUUGCCUGCUUUUUAAUUUUGUCUUUUGACAGUUCCUGUGAUAUGCAGGCUCCAUAACCUCAGACCCCCCUUCAAAUUCCAGUUUGUUUAGUUCUGUCCAUUGUUUUCUCGUUAGGGGCAAACCCAUUUUUUUAUCUGGGGACCAUACGCCGCUUUUCAUAGAAUUACACGCCACAACACGUGUAUCAUCGAAGGUUCCAUGUGCACCGCCGUAUGACUACAUCUGCGGAUGUCUCUAAAUUGUUUUUUGUACUUUUAGCAUGUGUAAAUGCUGAGUUCUGCUCAACCCGGGGCUAGAAGGCAUGGACGGUAGCAUGCACUUCCACUACCGGCCAUGAAGAGGCUCAAUCUAACCGGGCCUGCAACAUUUUCGUUUUUGUCGUGUUGAACGACCGGUAGAGUUUCCACUUUUUCUAUUUUACCAACAUCGCCCCAAACAAGGUUUCAAUCCCACAAAGGUAAAGGCAAGUGAUUUGAUGAAAGCAACCACUGACGCCCCUAUAUUGAUACUAAAACAUAGAACACAAUUAAACAAUGGACUCAUUUCAAAUUUUUCACAUACUUAUUCCUGUUAGUUGCUAAAAUAAAAGUACCCUCAAAACGUCAUUAAGAAAGCAAGUGUUGAAAUGAUUUAUUUUACCCAGAGUUUAAAGCAUGUACAUAUCAGUCAUGUUAAAAGGAAAUAUUUGUUGAAAAUCAACCUUGCAAUUUUAAAACAAAACGAAAGAAAAUAGGAGAAAAAUGAAAACACGAAACAAACAAACCACCCAAAAGGACAACUUUAUCAAACAAAUCUAAAGCGUUGAUUAUAGUUUUAAUAAAAAGUACCUUAUAGCACUUGUUUCAGUACCAAAAGUUGAAUGUUCUCAUUGACUAGGAUGGUUUAAUAUGACAUUGGCAUUGUAGAUUAUACAACAAUAAGAUUAAUAUAAAUGUUGAAUAGGUAAUUAGGUUAAUAUCAGAAUAGUGAAAAGUUUAAGAAAGGAUUGAUUCAAUAAAUAGAUAAAUGUUUUAAGACGCUUUUUCAUGUAUCAUUUGCAUAAACUGCGGAAGUAUAAUUUUUUUCUAUCCUUUUUACUGUCCCUCGGCUAGAUUAUUAUUAUUAUUAUUUACACGAGACGAAUGUUUAGUUAUCAUCUUUGAUCUGUAUAAGACACACAGUUUAGACAUACACGCACUGAUGAUUGAUAUUUAUUUCAUGAAUAUGUCGUCAUGUUACACAUUAACCUUUAACCUGCUUAAUUUCUAAAAAUGGACUGGACCAUCAUUCCAUUUGGACAAUACCAUUCAUUAUUCGAGGGGUGUUCACUGAAAAAUUCCUGACUUAGUAGCGAACAGUGCAGACCAUCAUCAGUUAUGAACGUAAGUGCAGGCUGAUCUUGGUCUGCACUUGGUUACUUGCCGCCAGCAUGCUAAAUAUGAAUUAAUAUUAGAACAUUGAUAAAAUUCAAGAAAGGAUUAAUUCAAUAAACAAAUAAAGUUGAUUUAAAACGCGUUUAUUAUGCAUCAUUUAGUCAUAGAAAACUGGGGAACAUUAAGCUGUUCUACACUUUUGGUCACAGUACCAAUAUUUUAUUACAUACACAAAUGUCAAGUUAUCGUCCUGGAUCUAUAUUUCAUUUUAUUAAUAGUGUUUAAAUGUUUUAUUGCUACAGACACAUUUACUUCUUAUUCGAAUAGAAGUGGAUAAUGACUGUUGUUAAAGACAUGUUUUGCUCGAAUGAUAGAAGGAACCCACCGACCUUGAAGCACUUACCUCCCACCUGGAAUCAAAACCUCACUCUUCAUGUGAGAAAGCAAUCCAGCUGGCUUAUGGAAUGCCAGCCGUUCUGCCUAGGUUCAUGCCCAUGCAUUAACACAUGCACGAAGGACACCUGUUGCUUCAUCCACUAUAAAAAAUCAAGCAGAGAUAAAGCAUCCAAUGUUAGAAAUUUUGGCUUUGUGAAUUCUAGAAUUUUAGUUAGAUUGUACUAAUAAUAUAGCUCAAUAGAUCUAUAUAACGCACAGAACGCAACCAGCAGGCUCGAUUUAUGUGAGAUAAUGAAAUGUGCAUCAUCAUAAUUUUGUAAACUGUAACUUGUACAUACGGAAUAUGGUUUAGAAUGGUCAUAUAUUGAAGACGAUGACUUGUGAGAAGUUUGAAAGUAAUCAGUACAAUAAUUGUUCCUGAGACACGUGCUUACAUGUGAAAAUUUUACCAAACUUUUUAAGUAAAGAAGGGGCAAAAUUUUAACAAAAUGUAAGCCAGAGUUAUAAAAUCUGUCUUGCGAAGUUUUCUCAAAUGCCAUAGAUGUGUGUUGAGUGUAAAAAUAUUUGAUCUUAGACUAGUCGUUUACAUGCAAAACUUUCAUAAAAGUUCAAUGAUAAACAGGGGCAUUAUUUUCAAGCUCAAGUUAGGUUGAGGUCAUGAAGUUUGAAAGCCCCAGUAGUUUCUGAGAAAAUUGCUUACUUGCUAAACUUAAAUGCAAGUUAAAACGGGUAUUUUGGCCAAAUAAAAGGUAGAGUUAUGUAAUUUGCCCGUGAUGUUAUCUUGUAAUGCCAAAGGCAAGUGUGAAAAUUUACAGUAUUUGGCCGAGUAGUUUUUUACAAACAUCUUUACAGGCAAACAUUUUGUAACACGCUGACGGCGACGAAAGGGUGGCAACAAAUUUUCAAACAUACGAGCUUAAAUGUUCUGAUGAAGUAAAAUACUGCUUAUAUUGAGUUUCAUGUUCGGACUAAAUAUUAUAUAUUUUUCUCUGCAUUACAUGUAUGUCCCACCUUCAUACUCAUAAAGGUAUAAUAUAAUAAUAUAUAAUAAUGUAUAAUGCGAACUUGUAUCCUAGCGGAUCUCACGUAUGGGAAAGUCAACUGUUCUGAAUAUAAUUAUAUCCCUUAAUGCAAAUUAUCUCUAUAUAUAUAUUCAAUGUAUUCUCGAGAUCCAGUUAACUUUCAGAAAGAGUAAAUAUAGCUUCUCUGGUCCCAAUCAGUUAAAAAGACUAAAAUGUCACUGCUUAUUUGUGAGACAUGAAAACAGAGAUUUGAGUAUAUAUAUAUGCAAAUGUUGAACCAGUACGAAUGUGUAGUAAAUUCGGGCUCGUAUAUAAAGCAGCACCGAAACUAAUCUUAAGUGUUAGUGGACUUGCUGUGGCACGUGCGUGUUCGUUUGUACUGCUAGGCGUUUUUCCGUAAUUGGUCUGGUAUAUAGUGGUGGUGAUUUAGUUCGUAUAAGUUCUCUCUUCUAUAUAUAAUCUGAUGAACAGUGGUCUAUUAGGAGUAAAACAGCUCAUAGGGGAUAUCACUGCGAAAAAAAAGUUAAUAUACGGGAGUGUACGGAAUCCCGUAUAUUACCCGUAUACGGGAAGAAAUACGAGGAAAACUAA